CUAGUUGAGUCUCAUAAAUAGUGUAAUUAGUGAAAAUAAUAUAAUACCCAGCUUAAUUGCGCACGAAAGGCGUUUUGCCGAAAUAAAUUAUGCUGGAUGAUAGUUGCCCUAAAAACAUGUGUUAGCCCGGCAUGAAACUUGUAAGAAUGGCGUAUAAGUACAUUGUUUUACAGACAUUGGAGCGAAUUUGACUGAUUCCAUGUACCAAGGCUGCUAUGGCGGCUCAACAAAGCAUCCGGCAGAUUUGGACAUUGUUUUGAAACGUGCUUGGGAUCAUGGACUGCAAAAAUUAAUAAUAACAUCAGGCUGUGUAAAAGACGUAGAUGAAGCGCUAACAUUGGCAGCAAAAGAUGAGCGUUUGUAUACUACGGUUGGCACACAUCCUACGCGAUGCAGCGAAUUUCUGCCAAGCCCCGAGCAGUAUUUCGAAGAUUUGCACUCUAGAAUUAAGGCGAAUCCACAGAAAGUUGUAGCUGUGGGUGAAUGUGGUCUGGACUACGAUCGACUUCAUUUUUGCGAAAAAGAAACACAGCAGCUGUACUUCGAAAAACAGCUUGAGCUUGCGGAGGAAUUUAAAUUGCCUCUAUUUUUGCAUAUGCGUAAUGCAUAUACGGAUUUCAUGUCCAUAUUGGAGCGUAACCGGGACAAGCUGCAGGCCUGCGGCGGCGGUGUGGUGCACAGCUUUACAGGCAGCCUGGAAGAGGCACAAGGCAUACUAGCAUUUGGAGGACUGUAUAUAGGUAUAAACGGUUGCUCUCUUAAAACAGAGGAAAAUGUAGAGGUGGUUAGGCAGCUGCCGAAUGAUCGCAUUAUGCUGGAAACUGACUGCCCCUGGUGUGGCAUUCGUCCAACACAUGCAAGCCACAAGCAUUUGACAACAAAGUUCCCAACUGUGAAGAAAAAGGAGAAAUGGACCGCCGAUACGCUUAUCGAUGGACGCAAUGAGCCUUGUCAGAUAAGUCAAGUGCUGGAAGCCAUUGCGGGCAUUAAACAGGAGCCCAAGGAGAAACUAGCAGAGCUUUACUAUCAAAAUACACUAGAUAUGUUUUUUAAAGCGAAAUAAAAUCA